UUACAUUUUCAACUCCAUCAAAAACCUUUUUCCCAAUUUUUUAAAUGGAAGAACUAUCAAAAUUAACGAAAAAACGUCUCAAACACCUUCUGAAAGACGACACUUACCUUUCGGACAUCCCUCCCGACAUCACAUCAGGCGAAUGCAAAAAUCUAAUCGCUCUUGCGUAUGGCCAGAGCAUCUCUUUGCUGCUGGAUCGUGGCCCUACCAACCCAAAAAUGAAGAUAAUUGUGCCAGCAGGAGAAAAAACGACAGUCGAACACGUGAAGAAAGCCAUUCGCACGCAAUUCACGUUAAAUCACUCGAGAACGGGAGAUGCCGGUCGCAAAAUAAUCCGCUGGAAGUACAUUUGGAAGACUUAUUGGCUGAAAUUUGAGGGUUCGCCACUAGAUGAUGACAGAAAAACUCUCGAGGAUCUCGGGAUUGGGCACGGAAGUGAACUAAAAUUUAUGAAACGAAGAAGAAUUAAGAAUUCUGACAAGAAAAAAAAGUAAAAAAAAAUAUUUUUUUUCUUUUAAAAUGGAGUGAACGAACGAAAACAAAUGGAAAAUGAACAAAGUUUGACGGAUGAAUGCAAAAAAUACGCAAAAUCGACUGCAACAAUGUAUUUAAAUAAAAAUUAAAACUAAAAAAAAAUCAUGGAUAAUGUAAAAAUUGAGAAUUAUCCCGGCGUAAUUUUGGAUCCAAAUGCUGCCAAAGCUCGAAUUUACGUUGGAGGUUUGUUGAAAAAGGUCACCGAUGAUCAUUUACGUGAAAGAUUCUCGCAAUACGGACAAAUUUUGGAUAUGGUUCACAAUAGUGGUUACGCAAUCAUUCAAUUUUCGACAGCAGCUGCUGCUUUCGAGGCGGUCCACAAUGAAGACGGAAAACCGAUGUUGACAAGCAAAAAGAUGAAAGUUAGACUAGCUGGCGUAAAGGUUGAAUCCUCUGCUCCGGCACAAAAGCCUCCAAUUUACUUCACUUCACGUCCCAACCAACCGCAAGACAUCGAAAUCAUCCUUUUUUCGAAAGAGCACGUCGAAUAUGCCGAAGAAGUGCUUAAAAAAGUCUUCGAAAUUGGCUUCCAGGCGGAUAUUAUGAUCAAAAAAGACAAAUUUUCGCUCUACGAGUUGCUUGAAGACCUGAAAAAUCAUUCCAUUCGAGCACCUUUGAUGGCAUUGUUGAUCGAUGAGCCAAAUGUACGCGAGAGAUCCGUGACUUUGCAGUUCCUUCAGUGGUAUGGACAACGCGUGACGAUGUCUCUCGAUUAUGCGCUUAAUGAACUUCGAGUGAUGAACCAUGAUUUUUUGGUGAAAUACCGAAUGCCGGUAGAUGAUAUUUUUGAAAAGGAAGUUAAAAAGUUGUACGAACAGAAACGCGAAGAAUUAAAACACGAAAUGGAUCCUGAGGUUAAACUUCAGAUGAUCAAAGACUAUGAAGCGAAUUAUUACGGUUUAGUAAGACGUUACUAAGAAUUUGUGAAGAAAUUUCUUCGAAAUUGUUUAAAAAAAAAAAACAAAAAAUUCUUUUUUUACGUUAAAAUUUGUCAUGAAACUCAGGAAAAAAAACAGGUAUUAGUUUUUUAAGGAUAUUCGG